AUGUGGACUAUUGUUCAUUUUGUAAGAGAUAACACCAUAGAAAUAGUUCCUGAUUUUUGGAUCAAAAAGAAAGAAAAGAGUUGUGCUUGGCCUGUUAAUAAAAAAUCUGCAAGAAGAUUAAUCGAAAAAAGAAGUUAUCCUAAUGAUAUAGAAUAUAAAUGGUUUCCUUCAAGAAUUGUUGGACAGUUUAAAAACUAUAGUGAAGCGACAAAAAAGGCUAACGAAAUAAUGUCAAAAACCGAGAUAUCAUCUUGUGAUGAUGAAGGCAAUAAGUCAAUUUCUAAAAAAAUGAGAAGUCCUCCAAAAUUAUUAAUUAAAGAUACACUGACAAAGCCUAAUAAAUUGAAUAGUCCGAGUAAUGCAAAUUUCAAUCAUGAACUAAGUGAUGAAAAUGCAUAUGAUUCUGAUAAAGACCCUGAAUACAUUCAACCAUUGCUUUUGAAAGGUUUAAAUAAAAACUCUUUAUCUUCUGGCAUAUUGACUAAAACAAAAUAUAAUAGUUCUUCAAAGAACCUUCCAACCAAGAAAAAAGUAUUACUUGAAAUAUCACAGUCAAAUGAUAAAAAAAACAAUAACUCUGAGUUUUUUAUGAAAAAACCUUUAUUUGAAACUGAUGAUUUUAAUCAAGAAAAUGAUGAGUCUACAAAUAAACAACAUUAUUCUAUAUUGAACUCUCCUAUUGGCAAAAUAGUUGUGGAAGAUAAUGACCAGCAUUUUUCUCAUCCACGUACAACAUCAUUCUCAAAUGAUAAACACAAUAAACAUAAGUUUUCUUCUGCAAAAAGGACCUUAUUUGAUACAAUUGAAACUGAUGAAAUAUUUAGCCAAGAAAACACUGCAGAGUCUUCAAAUAAAAGACAUUAUUCUAUAUUGAACUCUCCUAUUGGCAAAAUAGUUGUGGAAGAUAAUGACCAGCACUUUUCUCAUCCACGUACAAUAUCAUUCUCAAAUGAUAAAAACAAUAAACUUAAGUUUUCUUCUGCAAAAAGGACCUUAUUUGAUACAAUUGAAACUGAUGAAAUAUUUAGCCAAGAAAUUGCUGAGUCUACAAAUAAAAUACAUUGUUCUAUAUUGAACUCUCCAAUUAGAAAAAUAGUUGUGAAAGAUAAUGACAAGAAUUUUUCUUAUUUACACUCAAUGUCCCAAUCAAACGAUAUUAACAAUAAAACACCUAUAAAUUCUUCUACAAAAACUUAUACAGAAAAAUUGAUGCCUAAUUGUGGUAUUUUUAUUUUAAAAAUUUCUAACUAUAGUUGUUUUGAUUAUUAUUAUUAUUUUUUUUUAGAUUUUCAAACAUUUGUGAUAAAUUCACUGACAAAAAUUAAGUAUGACAUAUCUGGAAUUAAUUCAAAGACAAAUGCUACACAUUUUCUUUUAAAUUCUUUUGUAACCAAUUCUGGAAAUUCCCUUAUUCAAGGACAACUGAACAAUAACCAAAUAGGUCAAACUUCAGACUAUUAUGAUUUGUUUCCCAUUAAAACCGAAGAAGAUCUUAUGAUUGCCGAAAAUAGAAUUCUUGAUAAGAAUUUAAGAUCUAAUUUGGUACUUCAAUUAUCAUUGUUAGUUGGUAUUAAAGAUGUAGGAGAUAGUGUUCGACGAUUAAUGAUGAAAAUGUUCUCAGAUGAAGUGCUUACUCUGUAUUCUUUAUUGGGUUUCAAAAAGAAAAAAAAUUUUUCCAAACUCGAAUGUUAUAAUUUAUUGAUUGGUAAGUUUAAUGCAUUACGUGUACAUUCAAAGUUCAAAGGUAUUAUCAACAAAGAAUUUGACAGACCUCUUGCCACAUGGAUAGCACAUGCAUCUUUCAGACUAAAAUCAAAUAAAGUUUUAUAA